AUGGAAGCGAGAAAGACAAAGUACGACGUCAUCGGCUUGGCCGAGACAAGACGACGCCACCCCUUCAGCACCGCCUAUGACACCGGAGAAGAGCUGUUGCUCGGAACAUGUGACAGUAGAAGAGUCGGCGGCAUCGGCGUUCUCCUCAACACGAGUUUGUCCAUGAACAUCGAUUCAUUCGAACAACUUACAACUCGAAUCGGACGUUUACGAUUAAAAAGAUUUGGAUCAAUACCGGCUUUGACAAUUUUUGUCGUUUACGCGCCGAUAUCAAACAGUGACGAAGAAGGGGUCGAAAAGUUCUACAUGCACUUGGAGAAGUUCUACAGAGACGACCAUAAAUUCUUCAACGUCAUCAUUUGA